UGACAAUACUCAAUCAUCUGUUUAACAAAUCAGUGAUAAAUAUUUAGUAACAAGUUUAUUUGUUUUCAUAAUUUAAUAAAACAUUAAAAAUAUUCAACAACAUUCCUUUAUUAUUGCUCUAAUUCACGAAAGUGCGGUAUAUAAACAUUUAUUUUGCAUAAUAUUGUGUUGAAUAUAUAAAAAUGUCACUGUUGGAUGUUGACUCAUGGUCCAGAGAAUGCGAGGCAUGCUCAACGCUUAAUCAAAAUAUUAUACAAAAAUUGCAACUACGAGAAAAGCGACAAAAAAAUUCACAAGAAUAUAAUCGUCUCACAACUGCAAUACAAACUGAGCUAAAGCAGUUCGAAGGUGAAGUCAAGGAGCUUAAUCAGAAGCUCACACUGUUGGAAGGAACGCGAUCAAUAGAACCUGAUGAGCUUUACCGCAGAAAGCAACAAGUGGACGACCUACAAACUCAGUUGGCACAAGUAAAUCGUAAGGUCACGCAAGAUACGCGUGGAGAGCGUGCCGAAUUGUUUGCUCAACCGCCACAUAGUUUGAUCAAUCAACCUGCGGGUCCCAAUGGGAGUUCAAUUCCUGCAGAAAGUGUUGGCGAUGUAAACGUUUUAAAGCAACAUCAAAUCGAUAUAUUAGAACGCCAAAAUCGCGGCUUGGAAGUUUUAUCACAGACAAUAUCGCGACAGCGAAGCCUCGCUUCACAACUGGGGCAAGAGGUUGAGAAUCAAAAUGAUAUAUUGGACAAUUUGGCCGAUACUAUGGAUAGAGUUGAUGCGCGUGUACAUGUCGAAACGGGCAAUAUUGGCGAAAUAAAUCGUAAAGAUAGUACAUGGGGUUAUUGGCUGGUAAUCAUAAUGCUAUUUAUCGCCAUUGUAAUUGUGGCAGUUAUUUAAAAUGUGCGUGCCUACAGAAUUGAAAUAUAUUUUUCAAAUAAUUAGUAAAAAUAAUAAUAAUCAACGGUAUUAACGUAAUAUCAUAUAAGAAAGUGUAUAUAAAAUAGUGUAAAUAAGUGUAAAUCUUGCUAAGAUUGGAAAAUCACUUAUACCAAAGGGUGAAUAAAACGAUAUACUCGUAAGGCAUAUUUACGAAAGAGCUCUUACUUGUAUUAUAUCUGGAAAGAAAGUUCGUUUUGACAACGCCUAAACGAUUUUUAAAUAAAAAAGAUUUUUUUGAUCCUAAUGUA